AUGCAUACAUUCAUAAAUCGAUUAAAUAAUCUAUUUGCUUUUACAGUAAUUGUUUUUGCUGUGCUUACAAUUGGUGUAUUUCUUUCAACAUAUUUUAAACAAUAUCAUGAAACUCUUAGAACUACUGCAAAUAAGUCUAUUGUAAAACAUAUGAUUGAUUUUUUGGUUAAUCGAAAGAAAAAUGAUUUAGGUAUAUUACAACUUGAUUUAGAUAUGUAUCUUAAUUCAUUAUUUGAUUGGAAUAUUAAAGAAUUAUUUUUAUAUUUAAUUGCAGAAUAG